GUGAAUCUGCUCUCAGAGAUCCAGAUAAUCUCCUUCACGGGCUGUGGUGUUCAGAUGUUUUUCUUUCUUCUCUUUGGCCUCACAGAGUGCUGUCUGCUCUUUGUCAUGGCAUAUGAUAGAUAUGUGGCUAUAUGCAAAUCCCUGCAAUAUACUGUCAAGAUGAACCAGAAGGUUUGCACACAGAUGGCUGCUUUUUCAUGGACUAUUGGGAUACUAGUAGCUUUUGGACAAACAAUUUCAAUGUUUACUCUGCCUUACUGUGGUUCCAAUCGAAUUAAACGUUUCUUUUGUGACAUUUCCCUUCUGCUGAGAUUAGCCAGCACUGACACCUACAGGAAUGAAGUUUCUGUUGCCACAGUCACCAUUGUCUUCAUUCUGGUCCCUUAUUUGCUCAUCCUCUUGUCCUAUAUCUUCAUCAUCUCCACAGUCCUCAGGAUGCCCUCAGUAGAGAGCCAAUGCAAAGCCUUCUCCACCUGCUCAUCAAACCUCAUUAUAGUUUCUGUUUUCUAUGGUACCAUCAUAUUUACUUAUGUGAGACCCAAAACUAUGCAUUCUCCAGAUGGUGACAGGCUUCUCUCCCUGAUGUAUACAAUAGUGACACCAUCAGUGAACCCCAUUGUCUACAGUUUAAGGAACAAGGAGGUAUAA